AAAUGCCGGCCGCGGCCCCCGGUUAUAAAUAUUGUUGUUAGUGCCUACGCAAAUCACAGUCGUGAGUUUUCCAUCGGUGUAGAAACAAUAGUCAGCGCUCCGAUCAAGCUGAGCCACCCCCACGAAAAGGAGAAGAAAUGGCGUUCCUGUUUAAAACCAUCAUCUGCGCUACCCUGCUGUCGCUGGCCGCGGCCGAGUACGGCGUCGAAGAGGAUCACCACGAGCACCACCAGCCGGGAUUCUCGUACGCCAAGUUCAGCGGCCCAGUCAGCGGCCCCGCUCACGAGGUCCACAUCGCCGACAAGCACGGCCACGGGCACACGAUCGAUUACGUGGCCAAGCCGGACUACCAGUUCGAGUACGGAGUGGAAGACCCCAAGAGCAAGGUCUCGCAGAACCGCAAGGAACACCGCCAUGAGGACGAACUGCACGGCGAGUACACGGUCCAGCAGCCGGAUGGCAAGCUGCGAGUCGUCAAGUACACCGCCAACAAGCACUCGGGAUUUCACGCUGAAGUGUUGAUCGAUGGAAAACCACUGCACGAGGAAGAGCUGGCCAAACUGGCGCACGAAGCCCAGGAACAGGCCGCCAGGGCGCACGAACACCAUCACGAGGAACCAGCUUCGUACGGUGGCCACGAAGAGCAGACCUACGAAGGCGGUGAAGCGUCCUACGGUGGCGAAGAGGGUGGCGAAGAGUAUUACCAUUGAUUUCCACCGUUAGCGAUUUUAGUCUUUUAGAACGUUUCAGUUCACUUCCUCGCCCGUGAAAUACUCUACUUAGUUUUAAGAAUCGUCACUUUUUAAAAACGUCUAGUCGAGCCUUUUUAACCAAAACCGACAAGCAAAGCACCAGAUGAUUUUAGAAUACUACUUCACUGCGAAUGGCUAUGCUUUAGUUUUCUAUUGGGGAUAAAAGUUCCCAGAAUACUUAACUGAUGGAUCCAAUCCGCUCGUAAUGCCCAGAAUGUGAUAAUUAUUCAAGUUUUCCCGAAUCAGUAACAAGAACCCGACUAGUUCGGUGUACUCGCACAGCCACCCUCCAAUGGCCACGACAGUCGAAAAUAUGAUAUCAAUAACAAAUUUGAAUUUCAAGCCGAAAAUAACCUCGAAUUCGAAACCCGAAUAAAAUACAUUCAUUGUUGAUUAGUUUGUUACUAGCUUGAGUGUAGGAUUGUAGAAUUAAGACUUUUAAAAAAACGAAAAGAGAGCCCGGAGUGCUCCACAAAAAUAAACGAAGCGAAUAAUGAAUUUUUAAA